UCUUAACGUGAUUAUAUGCAGACUGAGACAUGGACGCAUACCCUUCUUUUUUCAUUUCAAUACCUUGGAGUCAUCUAUGGUCAAUUAAGUUCAGCUCCUCUAUAUGUGUUUGGGACAGUUCAUCAAAAAGAGUUUGUAUCAGAUGAGACAGCUUAUGGCCUUUUUUCCUUUAUUUUCUGGACUAUGACCAUCAUUUCUUUGCUGAAAUAUGCCCUUUUAGUACUGAGAGCUGAUGAUGAUGGAGAAGGUGGUACUUUUGCUUUGUACUCAAUCUUAUGCAGGCAUGCCAAAGUGGGUUUGCUCCCAAGUGACACAAGUGCAAAGGAAGUUAUGCAGUAUGAGGAAGAAAGUCCUUUUAAGACCAAGGUGGAAUCCAGGGCAAGAAGAGCCAAUGCCAAACACAAAAGGAGCCAUUAUCUGAUGUUUUUCUUGGCUUUGUUCGGUGCCUGCAUAGCAAUUAGCGAUGGAGUUCUUACUCCUCUUUCUGGUUUGAGAGUCCUUAUCAUCUUCUCUUAUUAUUUCCAGCAGGAACAUGCUUUGAGCUCUUCAGUUUGAAUAAUUAUUCUCUUUUUCUAUCCACAUUUCCAGUGUUAUCAGCUUCAACAGGUUUCACAAGAACAUUGGCUUCAAUCAAAUUUUCACAUUCAGAACAUAGACAGGAGAGAAUCUCAAAAGCUUUAAAAGAAUGUGAGUUGUCAUCUAUCUUUAUAGGAUUUAAAUUUAAUUCUUUCAUUGGUUUCCUCUGACAUUGAUUGCAUUCUUCGUUUAAUAUGAUUAGACAGAUCUUGCAUUAUGUGGGCCUUUUGACUAGUGAUGGCAAUCUAUCUGCUUUGUUUGUUGUC